GGAGGAGGAGGGAAGGAUUCAAGUCGGAUCGGAACCGGCGCCACGACACAAGUUGGACUCAGGGUUUCGGGGACCCCCAGUAUCCUGCGAGCCGUCUCGGUGGCUGCCACCCCUCUCCAUCCUGGGGAAGCCCAGAGGAGGGGCAGCGCCAGCGCCCGGGCGGUUGCCACGGGUUUGCCUGGUCUGCUGGCCCAGUUACUAGGGCGUCCAUCUUGAGGCCGCUGACCGCUGCGCCCCGGAAAAGGUUGUAGAACGGAGCAUUCAUUUCCGGCCUGGGGCCUGCGGCGGCGGCGGCGGCGGCGGCGGCGGCGGCGGCGGGUCGGUGUAGAAAAUGGCGUUGGCGCGGCGGCUUGGGCCUGUCCCCGCGGCGCUGCUGAGGGAUUGAGGCUCGCGGCCUCACUCGCCGCGCCCUACUCGCUCGUGCACUUUACACACAUGAGAGAAUUGGAAGCUAAAGCUACCAAAGACGUAGAGAGGAAUCUUAGCAGGGAUUUAGUGCAAGAAGAAGAACAGUUGAUGGAAGAAAAGAAAAAGAAAAAAGACGACAAGAAAAAGAAGGAAGCUGCUCAAAAGAAGGCCCCUGAACAAAAAAUCAAAGUGCCAGAACAGAUAAAGCCCAGUGUAAGCCAGCCUCAGCCUGCCAACUCUAAUAACGGCACUUCCACAGCAACCAGCACUAAUAAUAAUGCCAAGCGAGCCACAGCCAACAGUCAGCAGCAGCCGCAGCCACCACAGCAGCAGCCACAGCAGCCACAGCUACAGCAGCCGCAGCCGCAGCCACCACAGGCCUUGCCUCGGUAUCCUCGUGAAGUACCACCACGGUUUCGCCACCAGGAACAUAAACAGCUUCUAAAGAGGGGUCAGCAUUUUCCUGUCAUAGCAGCAAACCUGGGAUCUGCUAUUAAAGUGUUAAGCAGCCAGUCAGAAAGCAGUGCUUUAACAAAUCAACAGCCACAAAAUAACGGAGAGGUGCAGAACAGCAAAAACCAGUCAGAUACAAACCAUAAUAAUACUUGCGGAUCUCAUUAUGAAAAUUCGCAGCAGGGACCUGUGUCUUCUACAAGUGACUCUAGCACAGACUGUCAGGAUGCUGUUGUAAACGACUCCCCUGAAAAAGAAGCAUGGCCCUUGGUCCCUGGCAGUGAUCCAGAGUUGGCUUCAGAAUGUAUGGAUGCUGAUUCCGCCUCCAUUUCUGAAUCAGAAAGAAACAUCACUAUCAUGGCUUCAGGGAGCACAGGUGGUGAAAAAGAUGGUCUUCGGAACAGUAUUGGACUUGGCUCCCAAAACAAAUUUGUGGUUGGUGGUGGCAGCAGCAAUAGUGUGGGCCGUGGAAGCAGUACUGGGCCCUGGGGUUUCUCCCAUGGAGUUGUAACAAGCACAUGUCAGGUCUCUGUGGAUGCUCCUGAAAACAAGUCAGAAAGUAGCAACAAUAGAGUGAAUGCUUGGGGCACUGUAAGCUCUUCAUCAAAUGGAGGGGUAAAUCCAAGCACUUUGACUUCAGUUAGCAACCAUGGUGCCUGGCCAGUAUUAGAGAACAGCGGACUUGCCCUAAAAGGGCCUGUAGGGAGUGGUAGCUCUAGCAUCAAUACUCAGUGCAGUACCAUAGGCCAGAUGUCUAACAAUCAGAGUAUUAACUCUAAAGUGGGUGGUUCUUCUACCCAUGGUACCUGGGCAAGCCUUCAGGAAACUUGUGAAUCUGAAGUAAGUGGUACACAGAAGAUUUCAUUCAGUGGUCAACCUCAGAAUAUCACCACUGAAAUAACUGGACCAAAUAACACUACUAACUUUAUGACCUCUAGUUUACCAAACUCCGGUUCAGUACAGAAUAAUGAACUGCCUAGUAACGCGGGGGCCUGGCGUGUGAGCACAAUGAAUCAUCCUCAGAUACAGGCUCCAUCGGUUAUGAAUGGCACUUCCCUUUCUCACCUUAGCAAUGGGGAGUCAAAAAGUGCAGGCUCUUAUGGUACUACAUGGGGUGCCUAUGGUUCUAACUACUCUGGAGACAAAUGUUCAAGUCCUAACGGCCAAGCUAAUGGUGACACUGUGAAUGCAACUCUAAUGCAGCCUGGCAUAAAUGGACCUGUGGGCACUAAUUUUCAAGUUAACACAAAUAAAGGAGGAGGUGUGUGGGAGUCUGGGGCCACAAAUUCCCGGAGUCCAUCCUGGGGAAGUGGAAAUGGUGCAAACUCUGGAGGAAGUCGAAGAGGCUGGGGAACUCCUGCACAAAACACUGGCACUAAUGUACCCAGCGUGGAGUGGAGCAAACUGCCUGGCAAUCAGCAUUCCAGUGACAGUGCAAAUGGCAAUGGUAAGAAGUUUACAAAUGGAUGGAAUUCUACUGAGGAAGAGGAUCAGGGUUCUGCCACAUCUCAGACAAAUGAGCAAAACAGUGUGUGGGCCAAAACAGGAGGUACAGUGGACAGUGAAGGUAGUACAGAAAGCACUGGACGCCUCGAGGAAAAAGUCACUGGGGAGACUCAGAAUAGAGAUAGAAGAAAAAUUGAUCAGCACACAUUACUCCAAAGCAUUGUUAACAGAACUGACUUAGAUCCACGUGUCCUAUCCAAUUCUGGUUGGGGACAGACUCCUAUUAAGCAGAAUACUGCCUGGGAUACCGAGAUGUCACCUAGAGGGGAAAGAAAGACUGACAAUGGGACAGAGGCCUGGGGGAGCUCUGCAACACAGACUUUUAACUCAGGGGCAUGCAUAGACAAGACUAGCCCUAACAGUAAUGAUACCUCAUCUGUAUCGGGGUGGGGAGAUCCCAAGCCUGCUCUGAGGUGGGGAGAUUCCAAAGGCUCAAACUGCCAGGGGGGAUGGGAAGAUGAUUCUGCUGCUACAGGAAUGGUCAAGAGCAAUCUAUGGGGGAAUUGCAAAGAAGAAAAGUCCAUGUGGAAUGAGUCGCAAAAGAACAAACAAGGCUGGGGUGAUGGACAAAAGUCAAACCAAGGGUGGUCUGUUUCUGCCAGUGAUAACUGGGGAGAUACAUCAAGGAGUGACCAUUGGGGUGAGGCUAAUAAGAAGUCUAGCUCAGGAGGUAGUGACAGUGACAGGUCUGUUUCUGGUUGGAAUGAACUUGGUAAAACUAGUUCUUUUACUUGGGGAAAUAAUAUAAAUCCAAAUAAUUCAUCAGGAUGGGAUGAAUCUUCUAAACCUAACUCUUCCCAGGGAUGGGGAGAUCCUCCAAAGGCUAGUCAUUCGCUGGGUUGGGGAGAUUUGGCAAAGCCAGUCAGCUCUCCAGACUGGAACAAGCAACCAGACAUUGUUGGGUCUUGGGGAGUCCCUUCAGCUUCAGGCAAACCCUCUGGUACAGGCUGGCUGGGAGGACCUAUUCCAGCCCCAACAAAAGAAGAAGAACCCACAGGCUGGGAGGAACCAUCUCCAGAAUCCAUACGGCGCAAAAUGGAAAUUGAUGAUGGAACCUCAGCUUGGGGAGAUCCCAGCAAAUACAACUACAAGAAUGUGAACAUGUGGAACAAAAAUGUCCCAAGUGGAGGCAGCCGCUCAGACCAGCAAGCACAGGUGCACCAGCUGCUGCCGUCUGCAAGUGCCAUCUCAACCCCAGAGACAGGCAGUGGCUCUGGCUGGGGUGAGCCCUGGGGGGAGCCUUCUACUCCAGCCACAACUGUGGAUAAUGGUACUUCAGCAUGGGGUAAACCCAUAGACAGUGGUCCCAGCUGGGGGGAACCCAUUGCUGUGGCAUCCAACACAUCCACGUGGGGCUCCAGCUCUGUUGGUCCACAAGCGUUAAGCAAAUCUGGGCCAAAAUCUAUGCAAGAUGGCUGGUGUGGUGAAGAUAUGCCACUGCCUGGAAAUCGCCCCACUGGCUGGGAAGAGGAAGAGGAUGUGGAGAUUGGAAUGUGGAAUAGUAAUGCUUCUCAAGAGCUUAACUCAUCUUUAAAUUGGCCACCAUAUACAAAGAAGAUGUCAUCAAAGGGUCUGAGUGGCAAAAAAAAGGAGAAGGGAAAGGGUGUGGUGGGAAACAAACAAGAAGAAGCAUGGAUAAACCCAUUUGUUAAACAGUUUUCAAAUAUCAGUUUUUCGAGAGACUCACCAGAAGAGAAUGUGCAGAGCAAUAAGAUGGACCUUCCUGGAGGAAUGUUACAAGACAAACGAAUGGACAUAGACAAACAUAGCCUAAAUAUUGGUGAUUACAAUCGAACGGUCGGGAAAGGCCCUGGUUCUCGGCCUCAGAUUUCCAAAGAGUCUUCCAUGGAGCGCAGUCCUUAUUUUGAUAAGGAUGGCAUUGUAGCAGAUGAAUCCCAAAACUUGCAGUUUAUGUCCAGUCAGAGCAUGAAGCUCCCCCCUUCAAAUAGUGCACUACCUAACCAGGCCCUCGGCUCCAUAGCAGGGCUGGGUAUGCAAAACUUGAAUUCUGUUAGACAGAAUGGCAAUCCCAGUAUGUUUGGUGUUGGAAACACAGCAGCACAACCCCGGGGCCUGCAGCAGCCUCCAGCACAACCUCUCAGUUCAUCGCAGCCUAAUCUCCGUGCUCAAGUGCCUCCUCCAUUACUUUCCCCUCAGGUUCCAGUUUCAUUGCUGAAGUAUGCACCAAACAACGGUGGCCUGAAUCCGCUCUUUGGCCCUCAACAGGUAGCCGUGCUGAACCAGCUAUCCCAACUAAACCAGCUUUCUCAGAUCUCCCAGUUACAGCGGUUGUUAGCACAGCAGCAGAGGACGCAGAGUCAGAGAAGCGUGCCUUCUGGGAACCGGCAGCAGCAAGACCAGCAGGGUCGGCCUCUUAGUGUACAGCAGCAGAUGAUGCAACAGUCUCGUCAACUUGAUCCAAACCUGUUGGUGAAGCAGCAGACGCCACCAUCUCAGCAGCAGUCACUCCAUCAGCCAGCCAUGAAAUCUUUCCUUGAAAAUGUCAUGCCCCACACUACACCUGAGCUGCAAAAAGGGCCAUCACCAAUAAAUGCUUUCAGCAACUUUCCUAUAGGCUUCAACUCAAACUUGAAUGUAAAUAUGGAUAUGAACAGUAUUAAAGAGCCACAGUCAAUAAGGAAGUGGACUACAGUGGACAGCAUUUCAGUGAACACAUCUUUGGAUCAAAACUCCAGCAAACAUGGUGCUAUUUCAAGUGGUUUAGGCUGGAAGAGUCUCCGUUUGUUCCUCUAUGACUUCAUGAACAGCAGUACUUCACCAGCCAGUCCUCCAGGUUCAGUGGGAGAUGGCUGGCCACGUGCCAAAUCGCCCAAUGGCUCUAGCAGUGUUAAUUGGCCAACAGGGGAAUUUCGCCCUGGUGAACCAUGGAAAGGUUCAAACAUUGACCCUGAAACUGACCCUUACGUCACUCCUGGCAGUGUCAAUAAACAAAUCUUUCAAUUAAUACUGUGCGGGGAAGUUGACCACCUCAGGGACAGGAACAGUGGGUCAUCCUCAUCCUUGAACACCACGCUGCCUUCAACUAGUGCCUGGUCAUCCAUUCGUGCCUCCAACUACAACGUUCCCCUCAGCAGUACAGCACAAAGCACUUCAGCCAGAAAUAGUGAUUCCAAAUUGACGUGGUCUCCGGGUUCAGUCACAAACACCUCUCUGGCCCAUGAGCUGUGGAAGGUCCCUCUGCCACCUAAAAACAUCACUGCUCCGUCCCGCCCACCCCCGGGGCUCACUGGUCAGAAGCCACCCUUGUCUACGUGGGAUAAUUCUCCCCUUCGUGUAGGUGGAGGAUGGGGAAAUUCUGAUGCCAGGUAUACCCCAGGGUCCAGCUGGGGUGAGAGCAGCUCAGGGAGAAUAACAAAUUGGCUUGUUCUAAAAAACCUUACACCUCAGAUUGAUGGCUCAACUCUGCGUACCCUGUGCAUGCAGCAUGGCCCACUGAUAACAUUCCACCUGAACCUCCCACAUGGAAAUGCUUUGGUCCGUUACAGUUCAAAAGAAGAGGUAGUGAAGGCACAGAAGUCUCUGCACAUGUGUGUAUUGGGGAACACUACUAUUCUUGCUGAGUUUGCCAGUGAAGAGGAGAUCAGUCGUUUCUUUGCACAAAGUCAGUCUCUGACCCCUUCUCCCGGCUGGCAGUCCCUCGGGUCUGCCCAGAGCCGGCUGGGCUCUCUUGACUGUUCCCACUCGUUCUCCAGCCGGACUGAUCUCAAUCACUGGAAUGGUGCUGGGCUGGCGGGAACUAACUGUGGAGACCUUCAUGGCACUUCCCUCUGGGGGACCCCACACUAUUCCAAGCUGUGGGGUCCUCCAAGCAGCAGUGACCCCCGUGGAAUGAGCAGCCCAUCCCCCAUUAAUGCUUUUCUUUCUGUUGAUCACCUGGGUGGGGCUGGAGAGUCCAUGUGACAGGUAGAUGUAGACUUGCAACCGUGACCUCAAGAUGCGAAGGAAAGGGGCACUAAGUUGAGCUCGCCGCCUGCAGCCGGGGCCACCUGUGGGAACAGCUCUUCUCUGCACAUUUUCCACUUUGUUUUCCCCAAAACAUAUCAGUUUGAAUACUUGAAUCAUGCAGGCCAAUUUUAUAAUGUGAAGGUGUCUCUAGUUACACUCCCACUGGCGCCGUAUGUGUUGACCCACAUAGUGAGCUCACUUGUACGUAUUCAUCAUGUUUAGCCUUUGGGUGUUUUUUCUUUGUUUGUUUUGGUUUUUUUUUUUUCCUAUUCUCACCUUUUUCUCCCCCUAAACCAUUGUUUGGGCUGAUGAUGUAUGAGCUUUUUACCUUUGCACUGAAUGAUGUUCUCUCCGUCUAAUCGGCAAUAUGGGGGGGCAGCUGUUCCGGUGUAAUGUUUACUCAAGGAUGUUCUUAAGGUGUGCGCUCUCUACUAUGCCUUGAUGUACGCCUACCUUACUGUGGUGUCAUGGAGUUUGAGAUCACGUUAUGAUGCUGACUUAGGACUAUAAGUGAAAGUAUUGCACCGUUUCUUCAUGUUAUAAAACUAAAGAAUUCACUCUGCAGUUUGAAAAACUGUGGCCACAGCUGUGACUUGCAGCCCACCUGCCACCCAGGACGGGCCCUGCACUUUGAAUAGGCUUUCCAUUUUGUUUUGAAGGCUCCCACGUUGAACCUUCUUGUUUACAGAUUUUUUUUUUUGUUUUUUGAGAAAAAAAUGUUUACUCUUCCAUCAUUUAAAAAAAAUUUAAAAGACAAAAAAAAUGGAGGAUGAUUUAAAAGAUGCUUUCUAUCUCUGGGAAAAAGGAGCAGCAUUUGGCCAUGUUCUUUCGUUUUCUAUUCCUGUCCUAAAUCAAAGAGCAUGGUUCUCAGGAAAACCAGUUCCCCAGUUUAAAAAAAAAAAUUUCCUUGUAGUUUCUUAUAGGAAAAAAGAAAACCCCCAACUUUUAGCACUGAUACUACUACAUAUUGCUCUGUUAAAGAAAUUUCUCUGCCAAAAAAAAAGAAAAAGAAAAAAACAACAACAAAAAAAAACGCUUCAAGCUGGAGUUUGACAUUCUGCUUUCAGAUGCUCUUUUUAUUAGCGAGUGAUGAUGGUUUGCUAAUGAUCAAUAGGUAAUACUUUUUGUAAUUCCAUCAAAGUGGCUAUGUUUCUGCUCUCGUGAGUGUGUUAAUGUUUAACUGUUGUACCUUAAAGCCGAAAUCAGUAACUAUGCAUCCUGUAAGCAAGAUAUUGGGCUUACAGAAUCGUUCAUUGUAUAGAGAAUUUUAAAUGUUGUUGCAAACUAACGAGUUACACCGUUUUUACAAUUUCUUUCUCUCUCCCCCCUUUUUUUGCCCACAAAUGAUAUUAUAAAGCUUGUUUAGUCAAAGAACAGACUAAACAAGGGUAAAAAUUUUAACAGUACAGAAUUUGCCAUCAUUUCAUUGCCUUGAUUUUAACUGUUUGUGUCCUACGAUGCAAAAGAAGUCAGUGGCUUUUAACUGUUUACAAAUAGAAUGUGAUUGUAAAAUGUACAGUUUCAUUGUGUUUAAUUAUGAAAUUUCUUCAAAUAUAAUAAACCAUGACUCUUUGGCUGCUCAACAUUAAUUGUCUCUUUUUUGUGAAUUUAUUUGUACGCUCUUUUUUAUAAUGGAAGUUUUCAGGUUGCUUGUUAUGAGGGUUCUCAUAGAGCAACCGAUAAAAAAUCUAAGCAAAUAUUUGAACAUUUUAUCUGAACUUAUUCACAAUUUCGCCCUGAAAUAAUGUGAGAACAAUGGGAAACUGUAACUUGCUCCUUCCUGCCCUCUUUGAGCACCUUUGGGAUCUUGUUGCUCAAAACUUCUAUGACUUCAUCUUCCUUACCAUUUGUGCCCAUCUCAAGCCUCAGCAAGAGACCAUUUGGAACAUGAAGCUUAAUGACUUGACAGUGUUCUAGUGUUAAACUCAUACCUCUGUUACAGAACAAGAAAUGCCGCCAUCUGGACUGGCCGCCUUCUCCCGUCACAGUGCCCCACUUUCUCACUGCAGGAGCUCUGGGGCAAAACCUGUGUGUGUAUUUCAGUGUGUGACUUAAAUCAUGCUCCACCUUGCCAGGUGUAAGCUAAUGUUCAGUGCAUUUGAUGUAUAUUGACUUCCAUAC